ACCCCCACCCCCCUCUCCGUCACGUCCGUCAUCAACACAUCCUUUCCACGAGUUGUUAGGUUAAACCCCAAGCCCGACAGUUUGACGUGUAAAAAAUGAGUACUUUCACGGACGUUCAAAUCAGAAGUAUCGGUGGUGUCCUGAACGACCCGAACCGUCCCCUCAAGGAGCGUUUUAGAGCGCUAUUUACUUUGCGCAACAUUGGCGGUCCCAUUGCUCAGGAGUGCAUCAAGCAGUGCUUCUCAGAUUCGUCUGCUCUUCUCAAACAUGAACUGGCGUAUUGCUUAGGACAGAUGCAGGAUCAUGCUGCGAUACCUACACUUAUCUCUGUCCUACGAGAUGUUUCUCAAGAACCCAUGGUUCGACAUGAAGCUGGUGAAGCGUUAGGUGCUCUUGCUGCACCUGAUGUUCGAGCAAUACUCGAAGAGUUUAAAAAUGAUCCCACAGUUGAAGUGGCUGAGACGUGCACUCUAGCUUUAGAUCGCUUGUCAUGGCUCGAAAAGCAUACGGAAGAUGGGCGUAAAGAAAAUCCCUAUCAGUCAGUUGAUCCUACUCCACCAUCAGAGGAAACUGAUGUGACUAAGUUGAGAGAGAUGCUAUUGAACGAAAAUGAAUCACUCUUCAACCGUUAUCGUGCAAUGUUUGCUCUUCGUAAUCUUCGUUCAGAAGAUGCUGUAUUAGCUUUAGCUGAUGGGCUGAAGUCUGGUAGUGCCCUCUUUAAACAUGAGGUUGCCUUCGUGCUCGGACAGCUCCAAGAUCCUGUGUCAGUUUCCGCCCUCUUAGAAAGCCUUGCAGAUAAGAGUGAGAAUGAAAUGGUAAGACAUGAAUGUGCUGAAGCUCUUGGAGCAAUUGCCACCGAUGUUUGUAAUGCUGAGUUGAAAAAACAUUUGAAUGAUGAGAAACGUGUUGUAAGUGAAAGUUGCAUAAUUGCACUUGACAUGUGUGAGUAUGAGAACAGCCCUGAAUUCCAGUAUGCAAACACACUUUUGUCAGUGCAGUAGCAUAAAGACCCAACCAUUAUUUUGUGAUGCUGUAUUUUUUGUUUUUACAAGACAAGUGGCAUGAAUGUGUAACAUGCUCUUUAAUAAAAUAUUUUUUUCCCAUUGAGUCAA